AUGGCUUUAGGUGAUUCUGGAAUUUCUACUAUCUCAUCCGAUAAGUCAGAGUUCAAAAUCAACUUGGAUGUUCAGCAGUUCAAGCCAGAUGAACUUAAAGUGAAAGUAGUUGAUGACUAUCUAGUAAUUGAAGGAAAACAUGAAGAGAGAUCCGAUGAACACGGUUUCAUCACUCGUCAGUUUACCCGCCGUUACAAGAUUCCUCAGGAUGUAGAUCAAAGUGCAAUUGAAUCCAACUUGUCAACUGAUGGUGUGCUUACCCUCAAAGCCAAGAAGAAGCCAACACCAGAAAUAGAAGGCAGAACUAUCCCAAUUGUUCAAACAAAGACGCCAGCGGUGACUAAUGAAAAGGAUAAGAAGUCUGAAAAAACAGAAGAAAAAAUGGAACAAUAA